CUCUCGGCGCUUCUCCGGGUGAUAGUUACUUGGCCGAAAAAAUGGUGCAGAAGAAGCCUAAGAAGAAGGUAGGAAAGAAGGUGGCAGCCGCCCCUUUGGCUGUCAAGAAAGUCGAGCCCAAGAAGCAGACUAACCCGCUUUUUGAGAAGCGCACCCGUAACUUUGGCAUUGGCCAGGAUAUUCAGCCUGACAGAGACCUUAGCCGUUUUGUCAAAUGGCCCAAAUACAUUCGUAUCCAGAGGCAAAAGGCUGUCCUUUCCAAGAGAUUGAAGGUCCCCCCACCAAUCAACCAGUUCACCCAGACCCUUGACAAACAGACCGCUACCCAGCUGUUCAAAAUCUUGGAAAAGUACAGGCCAGAAACUGCUGCUGCCAAGAAGCUGAGGCUGAAGGCCAGAGCAGAGGAAAAAGUAGCCAAGAAGGAAGACACCCCCACCAAGAGGCCUAACACCAUCCGAAGUGGAAGCAACACUGUUACAACUCUUGUUGAACAGAAGAAGGCUCAGUUGGUUGUCAUCGCUCACGAUGUUGACCCCAUUGAGGUUGUCCUAUUUUUGCCUGCUCUCUGCCGCAAGAUGGGUGUACCAUACUGCAUCAUCAAGGGAAAGGCCCGUCUAGGACGUCUCGUGAGGAGGAAAACGUGCAGCGCUGUUGCUCUGACCCAGGUUGACUCUGGAGAUAGGGCUAACUUCACCAAGGUCGUCGAGGCCAUCAAAACCAACUUCAACGACCGUCACGACGAGAUCAGGCGUCACUGGGGAGGUGGUCUUCUUGGUAGCAAGUCUGCUGCUAGGAUAGCUAAGUUGGAGAAGGCGAAGGCGAAGGAACUUGCCCAGAAGCAAGGUUAAUUUUAAGUUGUCUGUGAUUUUUAUUCCAAAAUUGACAUCAUUAAUAAAAAGCAGACAAUUCUUGUAAA